AUGUCGGCAACUGUCCCAAACGGGUCUCCUCGUCGUGUCGGCAACGUUCGGCCGCCGUUGCCAGAUGGCCUGUCAAUUGCCACUGCGACGUCGCCCGGUGGCAGGGGUCAACGCCAAUAUCUGAAAGACACGAAUGCGCCUAUUCCUUUGCAGCCCAUUCCUGACUCUCAGACUCGUCGGUAUCUGAUCGAGUCGACAUCUACGCAUUCCCCACAUUCAGACGGUCCCCUUUCUCCUCGAGACCACCUGAAGUUCCCUCAGGAAGCCCAUACCCCUAGCACCGCCGGUGCCCGCUCUCCUCGGGAACACCUAAUAUACCACCAGGAAGGCCACUCGCCGAGCACCAGUAGUCCCCGUUCUACUGGAGAACCUCGCCCUCCUCGAGAACAUCUCACCGCGCAAGCAGCCAACAGCGCCUUUCGUUCACCUCAGGAGCAUUUGGCCGCUACUCAAAAUCUCCGCGGGGACUGGGAUCCCACCAUCCCUCAAGCAAAACGGGAUGCAGUUCUCGCCGCUCUCGGUAAGAGCGAAUUUGAAGAAGAGGAGGCUUAUGAUCCUGCGCUUGAGGAAGAUUCUCCAUAUCCGGAAGUGCGAGCGGCGGUUCGCAACUACGACGACGUUGAUAUGCCGGCAAACACAGUCCGGGCCUGGGUUCUGGGCUUUAUUCUCACCACCCUUGCAUCUGGGCUGAAUAUGCUCUUCUCACUGAGGGAACCUAGCAUCACGAUCACGGCCAUCGUGAUUCAGUUGGUCGCCUUCCCUCUCGGCGUUAUAUGGGAAAAACUGCUCCCCAAGAACACUUGGCUAAAUCCUGGCCACUUCAAUCAUAAGGAACACGUGGUCAUCACCGUGAUGGCGAAUGCCGCGUUCGGAGGUGGUGUAGCCUACGCGACGGAUGUCAUCCUCGCGAUGGAGCAAUAUUACCACAUCAAAUUCGGCUGGGCAUUCCAACUCCUCCUGACCAUCACUUCACAAUGCAUCGGUUUCGGAAUGGCUGGAAUGUGUAGGCGAUUCCUAGUCUGGCCUGCAGCGAUGAUUUGGCCGACUACCCUCGCCAACACUGCGCUAUUUUAUACGCUACACGAGCGGCGAUCAAUGAAUCCGAAACAGGCCAACGGCUGGGGAUGGUCGCGCUACAAGUGGUUCAUGGUCCUCGCUUCCCUCACUUUCGUGUGGCAUUGGGUUCCGCUGGCAUUUUUCACGGCCCUUUCCAAUCUGGGAGCGUUCCCAACUUGGAUUGCUCCGAAGAAUGUACUCGUAAACAAGAUCUUCGGAUCAAGCACCGGAUUGGGUUUGAUUCCGAUCACCUUGGAUUGGACGAUGAUUUCGGGAUAUCUGACUUCGCCUCUCACGUUCCCUUGGCACGCCAUCGCCAACACCAUGCUGGGAGUCGGAAUUUUCUACGUUAUUUUCGCAACCGCCGCAAACUUUAGCGGUCUCUGGUACGGCCAUUACAUGAGCAUCAGCGACAGCUCAUCCUGGGAUCGCUUCGGAGAGGAGUACGACGUGACAAAGGUUCUCACCUCGUCCUUUCAAUUCGAUAUUGCGGCCUAUAAGGCCUAUAGCCCUAUGAUCCUGAGCACGACCUUCGCGCUCGGCUACGGACUAUCUUUCGCGAACGUGGCGUGUGUUCUGACAAAUACUUGGCUCUUCUACGGAAAAGAGAUCAUGACCCGGUUCAAGGAGGCGCGCGACCAGGAAGAUGACAUUCACAUGAAGCUGAUGAAAAGAUACAAGGACGCCGCCGACUGGUGGUUUCUUGUGCUUUUCCUGGUCACUUUCGGGGCGAGCCUGUUCACUGUCAUGUAUUGGGACACCCAACUGGAUUGGUGGGGGCUGUCGCUGUCGCUUCUGAUGGCCCUCCUGUGGGUGAUUCCGGUUGGCAUCGUGCAAGCAUGCACCAACAUGCAAGUCGGUUUGAAUGUCAUCACCGAGUUCGUCAUUGGUUACUUGAAACCAGGUCGUCCGGUGGCGAUGAUGCUCUUCAAAACAUACGGCUACAUUAGUAUGGCGCAAGCUUUAUACUUCGUGCAAGAUCUGAAACUCGGACAUUACAUGAAAGUCCCGCCAAAGAUUCUGUUCACUUCGCAAAUUGUCGCUACGGUCUGGUCGUCGAUCGUCCAGGUGAUCGUCUACAACUGGGCCAUGCAGAACAUUCCCGGGGUCUGCGAGAGGAAACAACCAGCCGGCUAUACGUGCCCAAACGCUAAAACCUUCUACACCGCUUCCGCCAUUUGGGGUGUGAUUGGACCCCAGCGGAUGUUUUCGAUGGGUGAAAUCUAUUCGAGCCUUCUGUGGUUCUUCCCCAUCGGCUUCUUCCUGCCCUUCCUGGUGUACUAUCUGGCCAAGAAGUUUCCGCGCUCGAUCUUUCGGUACAUAGACGUACCCGUCCUGUUCGCUUGCGGUAGUUUCAUACCCCCAGCGACCAUCAUGAACUAUGUGUCCUGGGGUUUCGUCGGUUGGCUAUUCAACAAAGUCUUCCGCGACAGAUUCAGAGGCUGGUGGAUCAACUACAAUUUCGUCACGUCGGCCGCCCUCGAUUGUGGGCUGGCGCUUGCAACGAUUGCUGUGUUUUUCGCCCUCACCUAUCACGGAACAACCAUCGAAUGGUGGGGGAACACAGUGGACAAGGAAACUCUGGAUCACAACGGGAUGGCUCGAACGAUCGUACUUACUAACGGAACUUUUGGCCCCAACACAUGGUAGUAAGGAUGUUUACCACGUAUCGAAGUGGGCUGGUCCCCUUUGAGUGGUCUUCUAGUGUGAAGGGCGGACGUUUGGCGUAGAUUUAGCAUAGAUACCCCAUUCAUGGUUUAAACGUAGUACACGUAGACAUCACCGGACAUUCCCCGCUAUGAACGUUCAUAGACGUUAUUAUCAUGAUGUGAUCUUCUGUCACCUGGCAAUUUUCCCCGUUUAGCAAUCUCCAUUGUAUGUAACUGUCACUGAUGAACCAAGUACGAUCUGAAUUCUAAAGUGCGCCCAUACGCCGACAAAUGACAAAUGGAUUGGAGAUGGGCUUAUAGCUAAAC